AGCGGAAGCCCUGGUUUGGCCUUGGGUUCCGCCUUGCGGGGAAUGUCCCGUGGGAACGAGUGAGGCAAUCCUGGGGCCAGCGGGUUUGAGUUAUCACCUCUUGUCUAUCAGCAGAACCCGGCGAGGAUACGCCUGCGAGCACGGGAGGGAGGGCACUCCACCGCUCAAGAAAAGAGCGAGCGGGCAGGCAGCCGCUGGCCAGAACCGAACUGAGUACAGGGUCCUUACUCGGCUCUACUCCCCUCCAGGCCAUGCUACAGGCUGAGCUCUGGGCGAUCCCCAGGUGAGGGCAGCGGCUCUGUCGGGAACUCCACCGCGGAAGAACUGGAUAGAUGCAGGGUGGGGAAGAAAGAAUGCUGCCCGUCCUGCUUCGCGGUAGCCCCCUGAGAGGCCGAAUUUUUGGCAGCAGCAGCAGCAGCAGAAAGCACAGUGUGGGCCGAGGAGGCGGUUCGAGCUGCUGGUAAAGUCGCCCCACGACUGUUUUUCCGUAGUAUGCGAGUCGACAAAACAGUCAGAGAACAGGGCUCCCCAUUACCAUCUCCUUCGAGCUCUUUUCCCUUGCUACUCGGAGCUGAUUUGUGCGAAAACAUGCCUUGCACUUGUACUUGGAGGAACUGGAGGCAGUGGAUUCGACCUUUAGCGGUGGUCAUCUACCUGGUGUCCAUAGUGGUUGCGGUUCCCCUAUGCGUGUGGGAGUUACAGAAACUGGAGGUUGGGAUACACACCAAGGCUUGGUUUAUUGCUGGAAUCUUUUUGCUGUUAACUAUACCUAUAUCACUUUGGGUGAUAUUACAGCAUUUAGUGCAUUAUACACAACCUGAACUACAGAAACCGAUAAUAAGGAUUCUUUGGAUGGUACCCAUAUACAGUUUAGAUAGUUGGAUAGCUUUGAAAUAUCCCAACAUUGCAAUCUAUGUGGAUACCUGCAGAGAAUGUUACGAAGCUUAUGUCAUUUACAACUUUAUGGGAUUCCUUACCAAUUAUCUAACUAACCGGUAUCCAAAUCUGGUAUUAAUCCUUGAAGCCAAAGAUCAGCAGAAACAUUUCCCUCCUUUAUGUUGCUGUCCACCAUGGACAAUGGGAGAAGUAUUGCUGUUCAGAUGCAAACUGGGUGUACUGCAGUAUACAGUUGUCAGACCAUUCACCACCAUCGUUGCUUUAAUCUGUGAGCUGCUUGACAUAUAUGAUGAAGGGAAUUUUAGCUUUUCAAAUGCAUGGACUUACUUGGUAAUAAUAAACAAUAUGUCACAGUUGUUUGCCAUGUAUUGUCUCCUACUAUUUUAUAAAGUACUGAAGGAGGAGCUGAGUCCAAUCCAGCCUGUUGGCAAAUUUCUUUGUGUAAAGCUGGUGGUUUUUGUUUCUUUUUGGCAAGCAGUAGUUAUUGCUUUGUUGGUAAAAGUUGGCGUUAUUUCUGAAAAGCACACGUGGGAAUGGCAAACUGUAGAAGCUGUGGCCACAGGACUCCAGGACUUUAUUAUCUGUAUUGAGAUGUUCCUUGCUGCUAUUGCUCAUCACUACACUUUCUCAUAUAAACCAUACGUCCAAGAAGCAGAAGAGGGCUCAUGCUUUGAUUCCUUUCUUGCCAUGUGGGAUGUUUCAGAUAUUAGGGAUGACAUUUCCGAACAAGUGAGGCAUGUUGGAAGGACAGUCAUGGGACAUCCUAGGAAAAAAUUUUUUCCUGAGGAUCAAGAUCAAAAUGAACACACAAGCUUGUUGUCAUCAUCAUCACAAGAUGCAAUUUCCGUUGCCUCUUCCGUGCCACCUUCACCCAUGGGUCACUAUCAAGGGUUUGGACACACUGUGACUCCCCAGGCUACACCCACUGCCGCAAAUGUAUCUGAUGAAAUAUGUAAUGAUAUCACAGGAGAGAAAAAGCCUUCAGAUAAGUCUGUAGCCUCCUGAAGAGUGUGCAAAUGCAGACUGUGCUACAGCCUUGUGAUUUCAUUACCUGGUACCCAUUGCUCAGGAUUUUAUGCUUGGGACAAGCCACUAAUGAUGAAAAAUUUCACCACAAAGAUAGGCGAAAACCAGGUACAACUACUGGAUUUAUGCAACUAAGUUUUAUAUAUCACAAAUAAUCAGUCUAAAUAUCUUAGACUCAGACUUGACUUCUUAACACUAUAGAGUAUCACAUACUCAAAUGGUAGAAAAUGACUACUAAACGUUCCUGACACUACAAUGCUUUAUCAAGAGGAUGGACAAAAAAAAAAAAAAAAAUCAGUGCUUUCUACCACUGCUG